CCGUCCGCCCUUGCUUGACGACAGAAGACGGCGUUCUUGGAAGCCCAACGAUUGACACCGCGCGCUGCCCUCUCGACUUGCACUGCAUCUACGAGGCCAGCAUGGUCGAGAAAGCGCUGUGAUGGCACCCUCCGCGGACACCAUCAAUCUCCAGCAUGGCUCGCCGGUCGACGACGACGAGCCCGUCAACGGCGGCAUGAAAGCUGUCAACGGAGUCAACGGCGACGCACACGACCGCGCUCGUGGCCCCAUGACUCCAGCUAAUGGCUCGCACAUGCGCCACAGCCCUGGCCGGGGGCGCUCGCAGUCGGCGGCUGAAUCUGGGCCUGUGCGCGCCGACAAAGACCACAGACUCGACGACCGCUCUGAACACGUAUACUCGACGCGCAAAAGAGGCGCCAGCGGCCCUGUCAAGAAGACGCUGAGCCACGAUAAUGUGCAAAGACUCUCCGCUGCCGAGAUGCAGGAGCUCACGAGUUCCCCCGACUCGCUGCCCAUCGCGCCGGCGCCGCAGCCACUCUCUGUCGAGCAACAAGAUCUCGCCUCCCCGCACCUUGAGAUGCGCCAAGACUGUCGCCAGUCCGCUCAUCAUCUAUAUACUGACGGCGAUGCUCCGGCAAACGGGGGCGUGGUCGUCGAGCCGAGGGCGGGCAGGGGCUACUACUGGAAGUCCGAUGAUAGCUCCCGUCGGCCGCUCCAUGCGCCAAGGACAGUGUCCACCCCGCCGACGACGAGGAUCCAACCCGCAGACGGAACACCGUAUACGACUUCGCCCAGGCGCUUCUCGUUCAAUCCCGGUCCUCGACCGCCUCCCUUAAACCUGAACGGAGAUGGGGCCAACGGCCUCCUCGCCGCCCGCAUGCCGCCUCCAGCCAUACAGUCCGCAUCUCCCAUACUCUCCAGCCAGCAGCAGCCACCCCCGGCACCCAGUUCUGCCCGAGGCUCGCGCCCGCCGUCGCCAAUACCCGCAAUGAUACCCCUACCUCCUAUGUCCCUACCGACUCAUCUGCAACUCGAACUCGCAGCGCAGCGUCCGAGCCCCCUCUACAUCCACCAUUCCCAUUCAAAUGACAUUCCCUACGAGUCGAGCUCCGACAAGUUUGAGCGUCUCAAGAACGUGUUGCUCUUACCCGCGUACCUAGAGCGGGCGCUGAACUUUGGAGCGCUCGCUUGUUUGGACGCCUGGCUAUACACUUUCACGAUCCUGCCCGUCAGAUUCUUCAUGGCGUUGGCAAUACUGAUCCGGUGGUGGGGCUACGUUGUUGGGAAGGAGACAACGUGGCUGUUUGGUUAUGUUUGGUACGGCCUGGGCCGUCUGUGGCGGCGAGGACGCCACGAGCGGUCUCGCAGGCCGAGCAAUGCCUCCGAACGUGAUCGCUCACGGAGCAGAAGCCGGGUUAGGGAGCUGCACGUCGACAACGAUUCGCAGGCUCCUGUUCCCCGCGAACGUUAUCAGCAUACCCGAAAAGAGCUGCACGUCGACGGUGCAGCCCCACCGCUCAUAUCCCCCGUGUCUGCCCGCGAUCCGGGUCCCAGGACUGGUACCUUUCGCCAUCGGAGGACGAAGUCGACGCCGUCGAGCUUGUCCGCCUUUCACAAAGCCGAUCUGCUGCAGGGUGCAGUCAUCAUAUGCAGUUCCCUGGCGCUGAUGACGCUCGACGCCAGUCGCAUGUACCACUUCAUCCGCGCACAAUCAGCAAUCAAGCUGUACGUGAUUUACAACAUCCUUGAAGUCGGAGACAGGCUCCUGUCAGCUCUUGGACAGGACAUACUCGAGUGCCUGUUCAGCUCGGAAACGCUCUCGCGGACCUCGUCGGGUCGAUCCAAGGUUUUGUUGCCGCUCGGCAUGUUCCUGCUUGCCUUGCUAUACAACUGCCUGCAUUCGAUUGCGCUCUACUACCAGGUCAUCACACUCAAUGUGGCCGUGAACUCGUACUCCAACGCGCUUCUCACGCUGCUGCUAUCCAACCAAUUCGUCGAGAUCAAAAGCACCGUCUUCAAGAGGUUCGAGAAGGACAACGUAUUCCAGCUCACGUGCGCCGAUAUCGUGGAGCGUUUCCACCUCUGGAUCAUGCUCUUGAUCAUUGGCAUGCGCAACGUCGUUGAGGUUGGUGGGCUGUCUGUGCCUGGGGCGGGACUGGAUUCGACGUACGACGACGCCGGACCGGUACCACUGCACCCGCCGUCCAUUCUUCCGCAUAGCUUUACGGUCCUGCCAUCUUGGCUCAUGUCGGGUGAGGUGCUGUCGCCGUUCUUGAUCGUAGUGGGGAGUGAGAUGCUCGUAGACAGCAUCAAGCAUGCCUACGUGACCAAGUUCAACAACAUAAAACCGAAAUUUUACAGUCGGACGCUUGACAUCUUGUGCAAGGACUACUACACGAAUGCAUUCGUGACUCCACAAUUGACACGGCGUCUGGGACUGGCGGUCAUACCGCUGUCAUGCCUCUUCAUCCGCGCCUCGAUACAGACGUACCACAUGUUUCUAUCCACGCACAUUCCAAUGCCGCUGCCACAGUCUACGCAGACGUCUCUCACCGAAGAGUCAGCGACCCCUUCAUCACCCGCCAUGAUGGCCGCCCUCAACCGCUUCGACUCCCUCAUCAGAGACUCGCUGGGGCGCGCCACGUACGGCUAUCCGUAUGGCUCGCCACUCAACUCGCGGUCCUGGUACGCCUGGACGUCAGACGACUUCAUCGCGGCGCUUACCAUGGUGGUGGUCUUCUUCAUCGCGUUCCUCGUGCUGCUCAUCCUGAAGCUGCUGCUCGGCAUGCUGCUGCUCAAGUACGCACGCAACCGGUACGUCAAGAUGAAGCACAAGGAGCAGCUCAUCGCGCGCGGCGUCGCGGCGCCAGAGUCGUACGAUGCCCCCGGCCGGCGCGUUGGCGGCCGCGGCGACGUAGAGGUCACGGACGACAAGCAGCGCUGGAUUCACGCCGACAAGUCGGAGGGCCUGCGUGGCGGAAAGGGCCCGGGCGGGAAGAGGGCUACUACGGGCGGGGGCAGCGGUGAGGACAGGGGCAAGAAGGCGGAAGAGGAGUUUCAGGGCGUAUUUCGGUACGAAAUGGUUGCGAAGCGCAUUUGGUAGGCGUUUUUGUUAUGGGGUUCUUUACUUUGACCUCUGCGGUGGCCUUGAUAGAGCGGCGGGUCCUGCUGCAUUCAUGUAACGGUAGCGUAGUGUACGGUAGUGUAUCAGCACCCUUUUACGUCGAC